ACGGCUGACCUUUUGCUACUGAGGAAACAAGUGCUGACGAGAACAUCCCCACUUAAAUAUAAUGACAAAACAUCUGGCAUACUAUUUUCAAUGAUGACUUUGGAAGAAAAGAUGUUCAAUGAACCAAUUUAGAAAUGGCAGGUGCUUGGCUUCAGUCUGGUGGUUUAUUUGACAUAGGCUGUUCAGGUGCAUUAGCUUCUGUGGAAGUAGAGGAAUUAAUGUUUAGCAGCUACUUUAGUUUGAUGAAUUACUCUGCCAAAAGUUCAUUGGCCUGCUAAACCCAGGGUUGUGAGUUCAAUUCUUGAGGGGGCCAUUUAGGGAUUUGGGGCAAAAAUCUGGGGAUUGGUCCUGCUUUGAGCAGGGGGUUGGACUAGAUGACCUCCUGAGGUCCCUUCCAACCCUGAUAUUCUGUGAAAAGUAAUGUUUAUGGCUGGCAUCUCAAAUUUAUUGCUUUCUUCUGUACAUUAGGUAGAGCAUCUCGAGUUUAGUUACAGUAGAGCAUGAAGAACAACAAUCUGGUUUUAAAAUACAGAUGUGCCAGCUCAUAUUGCUGAUGCACAUUUAAACCCUGAAGGGGAAUAACCACAAAUGAACGUAAGAUGCGCAAACUGGUGUUUCAUCUGCAUCUUUGAAUGACAACGGUGUGUCGCUUUGUAAAGUUGCAGGAAGAGAGGAAGUAGAGGAUGUGAGAAACUGAUCUUCACCCACCUGCCUGCGGCAGAGAGGAAGAAAACCGUUAGGAUAAGGAAGCUGCAGAUGCCACAAACUGUUCCUGCUUGUUGAUGGAAACACUCUCAGGAAAGAAGUACUUAUUUGCUGAGGUAGAGCAAAGGCUGAGGAAGGCUUUGCCAAUUUACAGCUGGGAAAAGGAGAAAUCCAAGAUGAUUGAAACUUAGAGAGAGAGACCUGAAAUCUUGCAUAGUGUGGAAAGGAGCUAGGAUGGGAGACACAAGACUCCACAUCCUGACAGCUGUUUACAACACUGGAACUGAUUGCUCAUCCUCUUCUUAAAGCCAAGGAAAGAUAAAGCCAGACAGGGUUUGGCUUGGGACACGUUUGUCUGCUCCUAAUAGACCUAGGUACCUCCUCGGAUUCCUUGUCUCUCCCAGUUUUAACUCUUGAUGCAUGCGAGAGAUCAAUUCUCUCCCUAGAGGACUGAGCCCUUGGUUGGAUUCUGCCACAUCCUGCUUCUCCAGGAGAAGAGUGAUUGUAGCAGCUUUGGGUUUUCGUCGUCCAGCAUUGAUGAAGGAAAAGAGAACUGAUGGGGGCUGGUGAUUAAAGAAGGGGUCCCAUUACUAAGCUAAGGAUGGGCAGACCUCAUUGAGCACCCUUUGAAUUGUGCGCAAGGGUUUAAAUGACAGAAGGUGAAAUCUCCCAUUGAAAAGGAACAAACCCACAACCCCCCUUCUGGGCUUAUGUGCUGUCAGCUCUGGCCUGAGGUAAAGUUGCCCUGAGCCAUUUGACUUUUUAGGUUUCAUAGCUGAGUGAAUUUUAAUUGAGAUCUGAAGACUUGGUGCAAGUGGGGUAAAAUUUUGAAGGCAGAGUUGGGGGGGAAAUCUCCUGGUCAGUUUCCAUUUAUGAUAGCUCUGCGGGGCUGAGCAGACUGACUUCCCUUUCCCUCCACCCUUUGCCUGAUCAAACUGCGGCUGUGAAUCAGAAUUUGCAAAUAAAUAGAUCCAUGUCGGUUCAAUGUAUCCAACUUGAACAGAGGAUCUCUCCAGAGACAAGCGCAUUGGCGCAUGCUGAUGAUUUGACAUCGUCUACCAGAGUGGAUCAUCUUCAACAGCAGUAACUUCAAUAAGAAAGAAAGAGAAAAGGAGGAAAAAAGAGCCAUCCAUAUUUAUUAUUUCGUUUUGCUCCUGGAGAGUAUUCAGCCUCGACUCAACACCCCCUUCUAAAAAGAAGCCAAAAUGAGGGGCUGGAUCUGGCUACUUGUGGCAACUUUACUGUGUCAGCAGCUCUCUCUCUUUAGAGUGAUGGCAGCAAAGAGAGAGAGAAAGAAGAUGAAAGAGCCCAAUCAGUAUACAGAACCCUUCAAUGCAACCCUGUCCAACAGUGAAGAGCUGCAUGGGCAUCCCGAGAUUCUAGAAUCUCCAGAUCCUCGAAUCACAGAUCCGCGGCGCACCUGGAUCUCAUUUGUACAUCGCCCGGACGAUGGCAACAACUCCAAAAGGAAAUGCAAAGGGAGAGACAAGAAAUUACGUGGCCUUGUUGGGCCCCCAGGGCCGCCGGGCCCCCAGGGACCUCCAGGAGCACCAGGGGCCGAAGUCACCCAGGAAGUCCUGCUGCAGGAGUUCAAGGAGAUACUAAAAGAAACCAUUGAACGGCGGGCAUCUCUGGCUAUCUCAGCCCACCCUAGCCAACUGCCCCCGCUCCUGCUGUCACUGGAGGAGACCUCGCCCUACAAACGGGUGGAGGAAGCGUUCCACUGCAAACUGAAAGGGCAGGUCGUUGUGGACAAGAAGACCCUGGUCGAACUUCAGAACUUCCAGUCGCCUUUGGCCAAAGGAGCUUUCCUCCGGGGAUCAGGCUUGAACCUGGUGACUGGGCGCUUCACAGCAACUGUGUCUGGCAUCUACCAGUUUUCAGCCAACGUCCACAUCGACCACAGUGAGCUGAAGAGCAAAGUGCAGCUGCGGGCCAGAGACAACGUCCGUGUGCUGAUCUGCAUUGAAUCUCUCUGUCAUCGAUACACAUCUUUGGAAGUUAUUGCUGGUCUGGAAAGUAACAGCAAGAUCUUCACCGUUUAUGUGCAUGGGUUGCUACAGCUACAGGCUGGGCAAUACACCUCCAUAUUUGUCGACAACAGUGCAGGAGCCCCCAUCACCAUUCAGAAUGGAUCAGAUUUCAUGGGCAUGUUUAUGGGCGUCUAACCUGGAUCCCCACCACAGGUUGGGUGGGGAAGGACAUGACUCAAGGAACCUUGCAACUUACAUCUGACUGAAGAACCCUUUACUCUGACCCUAGAGGACUGCUUCGUUACCCAUUGGCGUCUAUUUUUAAUACAGUGAAGUAAAGAGCCUUUCCUUCUGCAGACACUCAACUUGCUUUUCAAAGGCUGCUGCUUUUAAAUGUCUACAUGAGUUCUGCCUACAAAUAUAUUUUAAAUAAUAAUAAUAAUAAUUAAAAAAAUAACUGUAUAUUAUUUAAAUUGUCUGUGCUUCACCAAAAGCUCACAGCACAAUAUACCAAGGUCUGGAAGGGUUACAUUGUAACUAUCUGUAUAACUCAAUAGAGCUUGUAUCCGGCGCGCUUGGGGAUCGAUGGGUUUCGUUUGAGUUUCUUUGCAAACUAGCUAACAAAGCAACAAAACAAAAAACAAACAAACAAACAAAAAGGACGGAUUCUGUGUUUUUGGGAGGAAGAAGAUAGGGAUUUGCCAGCGAACUCUGCUGAUGUCACGCUCUGGACAAGUUGAAAGCCUCUGCUUUCCGUCCUGACUCCUGGAUGACUGAUACACAGCAUGCUGACUGCUUUAUCUAACAUCAGACCUGAGUGUUGCCCAGUGUAAUUCUGGGGGCCCAAGGACUGAAGCGACCUUCUUACUUUAUUUCCAAAUAGUUUCUGAAUCUUGUGACAAAGCCGAGCAUUUCAUGUUGGCUGCGUGGUUACUUUUUUAUGUUAGGAUCAGACAAACAAGCAAGGGCAACAGUUCUAGCCAACUCUCCGCUUCCCUUAUAUUCUUAUGUUUUAGUAAGAUAUAUAUGUAUUUUUAGUCACAUCCAUACAUGCAGUAUCCCCUGGGCCCCACGUAUUAAAUUGUAAACAUGUCAGGAGCACAGUUGCUGGUUGCCAACAGGCCUGGGAAAGACGGGGGGCCAGAGGCCCCAGACUGGCAAGGUGAAAGUUGUCUUUUUGUAUGGUGCUAAUUUGGUGGCGGAAUUGAUGAAAGUAUCAGAGCAACAAGGAGGAGUGCAACUCCCCUCCCUAUAGAAGGCAUCAUUUAGGACCCACCUAUUCCAUACUUUUAGGUAUUAAGUGCUUCAAAGGCCUUGUAAAUGUCACCUGGAAGGCACCAAACAAGAAGGUCACAGGAUCGGGGCUUCUCUACACCGCAGUUUGCAAAGGUAGGUGCCUUAAUCGGUCUUGCUCCUCCCAAAUUCCGGUGUUCCCCGGUGCUAAGGUGUGAAAUCCUGACGCCCGUGAAGUCAAUAGGAGUUUUGACUUCAGUGGGGCCAGGAUUUCACCCAUGAUCUGGAGACUUGGAUAACCUCUGAAACACAUAAAAGCUCAUUGGAUGCACCUGGAUGUUGAUUCCAGCGUCAGUAGAUGGGAUUUGGAUGUUUUGCUAAUGCAAACUCCACAGAAAAAUGGCCCUGCCAGAUGACACUAAAGAGACACUGGCAAGGCAAAGAAUGAGACCGAUGGGCCUUUUAACAUUGAUCUAAACUGAUAGGAAAAUAAAUUAGAGAUUCCAAAUACGUAGUUUGGGGGUCUUGUACUUGUCUAAUCUAUCACCGUCUUUACCAAGCAAUGAACGCAAAGAACCCACGGAUGCCAUUUUUGUGAUACCUACAGAAACACUGUCCACUCCUCCCACUCCUCCCUCUGCUGGCUCUAUGGGAGGAGAUAAUCAAUGAGCCUCCAUGCUCCAGUGAGGCUGCAGCACACAGCUGAUCGAUUUAAGGCACUGUGGGAAAAGUUGCGGUAGAACAGAAAUUGAUUCUUUUGUAUCAGCUACUUUCUAAUCCCAGGGAGAAAAAUAUCCAGCACAAAGGCGUUGGGGAGGAGUUUGCUAUGAGCAUAUUAAAAAGCAGUGAAGAAUUGGGAAAUCCGGCCUGAGGGUGUCCCUUUAAACACAGGCCAUAGUCAUCCCUUUAGUCCGCAGAGUUCCAUAUGGGGGGGAGGGGAGUAGUCUGUCCCAGGCCUGGCUACGGACGUAUGAGACUGUCUCUGUGACAGAUAUCAGCUGCCAACAUGUGUUGUACACUGUUAUCCUCUCAGUGCAUGUUAAUACGCUGGUCCCUGGGACCAGGCAACUGGUGGCAGCCCAGGCCUUGAUGGAAAUGAAUCAGUCAAGCGGUGAAGACAGAGUACAGGUAGCCCAGGCGGUGAUUACAGAGUACGGGUAGCCCAGCCAAGUAGCCUAUAAGCAAGCAUAUAUCCCUAUACCAUAUUUUAUAUUGUGUGAAUACUUGUACUCAACAAGGCUUGUCUUGUCAUGCGUGUCUUGCUGCAGCAUACUCACUGAGUGUGGUGCCGUACAAAGUGGUGUUAACAUAUGAAUCAUGAACCAUCUCACUGAUUGUGGCAAAUUGGAGUUGAAAUAUUUAUUUUGUCAUAGAACUAAAAGGCUUGUUUGACUUGG